AGGGAGGGUGUCUUCCCUUUGGUGAGCGGAGCCCUCCGGGGAUUGUAGUGUAGGCUCGACGUCGAUCUUUCUAUCGGCCAGCUGUAGGCCCACAUUUCCCAGAAGCCCAUGGGCCAAAUUGGGGCUUGCCUGGAUGCUUUUUAGCGACCCAGUGAGCGGGCGGGGCUUGGCGUAGUUGAGUUCUAGUAAGUUUUCCUAUGGGGCGCGAUUUGGGGGAAGUAGAAGGCGAAGCCGAGAGGCAGAGAGAGGACUCUUCUCUGUUCUUGGCAUCGCUCCCAGUCAGUUAACGAAGAGGGCUCGGACAGAAAUAUCGUUCCUGUGCGAAAAGAGUCUCGACAAAUGGGUGCCCCAGCAGAGCUCCAGGUAGCCCAAAUAUAGUAGGCACUCAAUAUAUAUAACUAUUGAAUGAAGAAAUGGCAGUUAACUCUGAUCAUUGAGCACUUCCUGUGUGGUAGGCCCUGUGCAUAUUACGUGUGAUCUCCUGACAAUGUGGUGAGAAGUAUUUUUUACAACCCCCAUUUUACAGAUGAGGAAACUGAGGCCCAAAGAGGUGAUGUCAUGUCACUUCCAUCACACAGCCGAGCAGUGUCAAAGACAGAAUUCAAACCCAGGAUUCUCUACUUCCAGUCCAGGUCUCUGUACUCCACACCUGUCUGUGUGUGACAUGUUUGAAGAAGUAAAUUGAGUAUCAUGGAAAGAACAGUUUUAAGACUCAGAGAGACUUGAGUUAGGAUCCUCACUGUGCAGAUGGAAACAAGUCUCAGGGAGGUAAAUUCACUAUUCGAGGCCACACAGGCAAGGCAUCAUGGUUGGAGGCUUGAAGAGGAAACACUCAGAUUUGGAGGAGGAAGAGGAGGAGAAGUGGGGCUGGGGCCCUGCAGGCCUGCGGAGCUAUCAGCAAGCCCUGCUCCGCAUCUCCCUAGACAAGGUCCAGCACAGCCUGGGCCCCCACGCUCACUGCCUCCGAAGGCAUGUCCUUAUCCACAACACCCUGCAGCAGCUCCAGGCCGCUCUUCGCCUUGCUCCUGCACCUGCCCUGCCCCCAGAGCCCCUCUUCCUGGGUGAGGAGGACUUCUCCCUGUCGGCCACCAUCGGCUCUAUCCUCAGGGAACUGGAGACCUCCAUGGAUGAGGCUGAGCACCCUCCGAACCCAGUAACUCCCCCGGGCCCCCAGGAUGAAGCACUGCCCCAGCCCGAUCCAGUCUUCCUAGAAUCGCUGAGUUCCCAGUACCUGGGCGACUCUGGCCUGGAUGACUUCUUUCUGGACAUUGAUACAUCGGCGAUUGAGAAGGAGCCUGUGCUAGCCCCUCCGGAGCCCUCUCACAGCCUCUUCUGCGCCCCGGGGUCCUGGGAAUGGAAUGAACUGGAUCAUAUCAUGGAGAUUAUUCUUGGAUCCUAAAACUUUACAGCGGGGAGGGGGAGCCUCCUUUCUCAUCUCAGCCUCGGUUGGCUGGAUCCCUGGAUGCAACUCUGUGUGUGUUUUGGUGCAGGGGGGCCUCUAAGCAGUGACCACCCCACCUCCCCAUUUCAGGGUUCCACAGACCAUUUUGCAUGUGUGUGUGUGUGUCUGGCUACCCCAGCCUUCUGUGAAGGUGGGUCUUCCUGUAUUAAUUUAUCUGUUCCAGAUGCCUUAACAAGACUCUAUUUCAGGGAGUCUGAUUUCCCUUAUCCAUGUUUUUUCUGCCUUUCCCUCCCCUUGUGACCACUGGGGCCUCAGGGAAGAGAAAGCUGGGCCUGUCACAGGAUGACUUGGAUAUGCCACCUGGUUGCUAUGGAAACCCAGGCUCUGCCUCUUGCACCUCCAGAGAGGGUGUGGAAGGGGCUGGUCUCCUUCCUGCUGGCUGACCCUCACUUCCUUGGCAGGACCCCAGUCCCAGCAGCCUCCUGACUGAUAAAACCAGGCCGGACCAUGUGCAAUAGGGUAGAAACCAAACUGCUCCAUGCCACGUUAUUUAAAAG